GCCGUCUCUCGUGGCUUUCGGUUUCACAGUCCUGGCUGACCCUGGGCGGCCUCCUGUGAGGUCCUGAGAGACUGGUCCCAGCGGCCCGCUGCCUGAGUUGCGGAGCAGAGCAACGCGUUUGGUAAACUUGGUGUGCUGGGGGAGCACUGAUGCCGGAGAGGAUCGAAUCUUCUCCUAUGCUUGCAUACAGUUCGUUUAUAUGUUACAUUUUGGUGUACAAAGUCGUGUUAGGAGCCAUGGUGUUGUCAGGGACCCAGUGGCGGUCAACAGCCGUACCUUGUGCGCCCUCUCCUGGGCGGGAGUUAAUCCUUGCCCUCCCCCCCCCCCCCCCCACUUCCUUCGGGAGGACUGCUAGUUGCCUCCUGUCCUGUGAGACUGGCCCACUGCACCAUCACGGGUGCUGCUGCAACACUAUCUUGGUUUUGUGUGACUCUAGGUUUUGAGAUGUGUGGGUGAAUUAUUCUCGUGUUCCAACAGGUUGUUAGUGGCUAAGAGACAGGAUGGGGUGGAAUGGGUCUCUUACAAAGUCCAAGCGCUCUCUAAGCGAAGCAGACUGGCAGAAGAAACUGACCCCGGAACAGUUCUAUGUCACCAGAGAGAAAGGAACUGAAGCGCCUUUCAGUGGAAUGUAUUUGAACAACAAGGAGACAGGGAUGUACCAUUGUGUGUGCUGUGAUAGCCCACUCUUCAGUUCUGAGAAGAAGUACUGUUCUGGCACCGGCUGGCCUUCAUUUUCUGAGGCUUACGGCUCAAAAGGCUCAGAUGAAAGUCACACAGGGAUCCUGAGACGACUGGACACUUCCUUAGGAUGUCCUCGCAUGGAGGUGGUCUGCAAGCAGUGUGAAGCUCACCUUGGCCAUGUGUUUCCUGAUGGACCCAAGCCCACUGGCCAAAGGUUUUGCAUCAACAGUGUGGCCCUGAAGUUCAAACCCAGCAAGCCCUGACUGUUUGCAGGAGGCCUGUGUUUUGCCCUUCCUUGUGGAGCCUUGGUUCUGUAACUCGGAUGGAUGCCUUGCUUUAUGUACUGAAGGCUUAGGUGAAGGUUGUUACUGGCCACAGGGGAAUCACAGCUUCUUAGUCACCUGAAAGCAACUCAACCUGACUUCCGCUUGGGCCAUGGGAUUUCAAUUGGCUGCCAAGGCUUCGGGUGAGACCACAGGGUGGGACCUAGGCAGGAUUUCCACAGGUUCGUGGACUGACGAGGGUCCCUAAAGCCUCUGAAGGGAACCUGAGUUGCCCAUCUCCAUUCAUUUCUUCAUGGAUGUACACAGAUGAGGGCUCAGGGGGAAGAGAAAAGAGAUGGGCUGGAACAGAUGAGAGAUGAGAGAUCCCAGUGUUGAAGAGGAGGACAAAGUAGCCGAGCAUGGGACACACAUACCCAUGAUGAUAUAAUGGAUGAAACUUGUGGCUUCUUAUCCAAAACUCCACUGACUCAGCCUUACAACACACAGCUGGGAUCCAUGUGAAUUGAGUGAAUUUUAGCGACUACGACAAUGCUCUCCUUCUUUUCUUUGUUACAGCACUAAACUUCAAAUAUUAAAAUAAAAUAUUGAGAUCAAUAUUUA